AUGGACGUUUCUGAGGAGGCUCGAACCAAACCGCUUGCAACCUUGUCUGCUUUUAGUUACAUCCCACCGCGAAGAAAUGAACCCAAAGAAAUGUCAUACUUCAACAGAGUGUCCACGGUCCCAGAGGUCUCCACGCACGACCAGGUGUUCCACCAGGAGGAGGGUUAUGAUAUGAUGCUGCACCGAGACGACAGACAACACUAUAAAGGGAGAGGACUGGACAUAAACGAGGAGGAGAAGUCCAGAGUCGUACCAGUGCGCUCCUCCGCAGUAUACGGCCGUAGACCUGUUCCUCUUCUCUGCCAAACGGGCCGGCAGUACGCACGCGUGGCCUGCAUAAAUGCGGAAUUUUUCAGGAAAAAUGGGAUCAUCUGGAAUGUGGAAGAAGGAUUCGGAACAGUGGCCCCGAGUUAAAGUAU